AUGGACACGCAGCUCUUGAGUGGGCUGAAUCCUGCUCAAAGGGCUGCAGUCACGUCCAAAGCGACAGUACUGCAAGUCCUUGCCCCUCCCGGGUCAGGCAAAACCAAGACCCUCACAUGCAGAGUCGCGAACCUGAUUGCCAAUGAAGGCCUCAACCCUCAGAAUGUUAUUUGCUGUACCUUUACCAUCAAGGCCAGCCGGGAGAUGCGCGAGAGACUCAGGAGUCUGAUUGGGAGUGAGCUCGAAGCAAAGUUGGUCUUGGGCACGUUUCACUCCAUUUGUCGCCGAUACCUUGUCGCGUAUGGACACCUCAUCGGCGUACCCAAGGGGUUCGGGAUUGCGGAUUCCUCUGACAGUCAGAGUAUAAUCAAACGCAUCACCAAGCGUCUGAAACUAUCGAUCGAACCGAAGGCUGCCCGGGGAAUGAUCUCGAGUCACAAGGCCAAGGGCAAAAAGUUGGAAGACCUGCCAAAGACACCGCAGAAAAAGGUGGAGAGACAAGAAUUCAUAACGGCUUUUCACGAGUAUGAGGCCGCGCUUGCAACUUCAAAGCUUUUGGACUAUGACGAUUUGCUCGUACGAUGUGUCGACCUACUUCGAGCCUUUCCCGGUUGUGUCAGCAAUGUAGAAGCUUUGUUAAUUGACGAAUUUCAAGAUACGAACGUGGUGCAGUUUGAGUUGAUGAAACUAUUAGCGAAUGCUGCAAGAAGGAUUACCAUCGUCGGAGAUCCUGACCAGAGCAUAUACGGCUUUCGGGCUGCCGAAAUUGAGAACCUUCGACGCAUGAAAGCCUUCUACCCAGAAACUGUGGUGAUAAAUCUGGAAGAAAACUAUCGUUCAGCGUCCGCUGUCUUGGAGCUUGCACAAAGCGUCAUCGAGCAAGACACAAAUCGGCCGCAAAAGCGGCUCAAGGCAACACAUUGUCGUGGUACUCAGCCUGUUCUACGCAAACUACCAAACCCAAACGAGGAAGGUCUCUGGAUUGCCAGUGAGAUUAAGAGAAUGGCGACAAUGACCGGCGACCUUUUGUCAUAUUCGGAUUUUGCUAUUCUACUUCGAUCCGCGUAUUUGUCUCUGCUUAUCGAAAGAGCUCUGAGUGGUGCUGGAAUUCCUUAUCGAAUGGUCGGAGGGCAACGCUUCUUUGACCGUGUUGAAAUUAGAAUCAUUAUUGAUUACCUUCGGACUAUCAACCACCCUGAUAACAAUCAAGCUCUUGUCUCGAUCAUCAACGUGCCCUCAAGGAAAAUAGGAGAGACCACACUCGCCGAAUUCAUGAAAAUUGGAGAGCAGCGGAAAAUGUCUUUGUGGGCCGUAGUUCAAGGAGUCCUUGCCGGGGAUAUUACGCCGGAAAAGAAGCUGUCGAAGCCUGCCGAGCAGGAACUCGGACGCUUGAUGGUUUUGAUUAAGAACGCAAGACAGAAAAUGGAGAGCAUGAUGCCCGCCACGGUUCCCAGCAAAUUGAUUGAUGUGGUGAUCAAGUCGAUAGAUCUGGAAGAUUACAUCAAGAAAAAGUACAAGGAUGACCAUGAAGAUCGUUUGGAAAACAUCAAAGAACUCAUCACACACGCCUCGGAGGUGUUGCUGCACCCUUCUGAGGAAGCGCUUGCACAGGUCGACGGCAUCGAACAGCAAGUUUCCGAGGGUGGCCAAGAAGUGCUUACACAAUUCCUAGCUAACAUUGUGUUAUCUACGGACACGGACAAUUCGGAAGAAGGCAAAGACAAACCCCGCGUAACUAUUUCGACCAUCCAUUCUGCUAAAGGCCUCGAGUGGCCGGUGGUCUUCAUACCCGCUGUCUAUGAAGGGUCCAUACCACAUUCACGUGCGGAAGAUAACGAUGAGGAACGACGUUUGCUCUAUGUUGCCAUGACACGGGCUCAAGCUCUUCUGACACUGUCGUUUCCUUUGACACAGUCCAGAGAUCAGGGCGACUCUGUGUUGACACAGUUUCUUCCACCGCAGAUCCAACAUCACCUGGCUGAGGCCGGGCCACUUUUCAGCGAUAGGAUCAUCGAGUCUAUUGCCAGUAUUCUUCGUCGUCCAAAGCCCAGUCAAGAGGCACUAGUGAAAGGCCUACAAAGUUUGAAACCCAAUGAAAGUCUCUCGGAUGAUGUUUGGCCCACAGAUGGCAGUCGCCGUCCUGUGGCCAUGUUGCCUUCAGGAGCUCAAGCAACCCCAGAGUUCGGCAAGCCACUGGCUGAGGCUGUUGCUGCAGCCAGAAGAGAAUUGUAUUCCCAUAACUCGAGCUCUGGCAAUUCGAACGGACGGGGAUUCAACACUACCAUGAACGAUGUUAGCUCCUUCUCCACUUCGAAUAUGACCUUGGGCGGGUUCACAACGGCGAGUGAACACCUCAGAACGCAGCCACCCGAGCUAAAGAGACUAUCUUCGGAAGGCCUUCCGCAAUCGAAGAAACCAAAGCUAUCGAGAUCAGCAUCAGCGCAGGGGAACAUUGCUGCUUUCUUUCCGAAGCCGGCAGACCAAACCGUUUCUGCCACGCAGAUAGUUCCCGCUCGAAAACCAGUGCAACCAGUCGAAGAGCGGCGGCCUGUCAAAAAGUCUGCAAUUCAGCCCAUGGCAGGUCAACGUCCGGUGGAAGUACCAUCUAGACAGGCGGAUAUUCCACUGGAACUCGCUUCACAUAAAUUGACCACUGGCGCUCCAUUCACAAGCAAGCGGCCCCCGGCACUGAACAAGACAAACAAAAAUGCCACAAGUCGGUAUGCCAAUAUAUAUGGCUCCUCUUCCGGUUUGUCGUCGCCUCCGCUGCCACCAGAACUCGAGGUCAAGCAUCUUGAGCGCAAUGGUAACCACUGUGACCAAGGGCAAGAGAAUCGAAUGCCUGCCCGGACCAAAGAAAGUGAGCUAAAGCCCCCAGUUUCAUCAACGCCUUUAACGAACCACGUCUUGAUGCGGCCCGUGACCACGAUGCACAGUACUAGCAUGUCUUCUAUCCAGCAGCGGAACGGGAAUCGUACCUAUACUCUUGGUGUCCGUCGAUCACUACAUAAUAGUGGAUGGGAUGCGAGGAAGAACAAAUGA